UCUCAGUCAUCAUCAAAACAGAAAAUUUUAUUAUCCAUUGUAAUUUUAUUUUUUUCUUACAAAUUACAACUCUUUUUUUUUUCAUUCAUGGAAUUGGAAUGAAGAAAUGUUUUAAGCCAAUCCAAAAAAGAAACCGAAAAAAAAAAACUAGAAAUUAGGAAACCGUUAGCAAGAAGAGAAGAAUCGAGACGGCGACUAGGAAACUGCUGGGACCAGAAAAGAAAGAUUUCACUCUCUGCUCUACUACUCUCUCCUCCUCCUCCUCCUAAAGAAAGUUCUUAACUCUCCUGGGUUCUUCAGGUUUUUCCUUUUCUGGAAUAAAAAGAAGAAGAAAUGGGUGUUCUUGAUCAUGUCUCUGAAAUGUUUGACUGCUCUCAUGGUCACAAGAUUAAAAAGCGCAAACAGUUGCAGACGGUGGAGAUUAAAGUGAAAAUGGACUGCGAAGGUUGCGAGCGGAAAGUGCGGCGUUCUGUCGAAGGCAUGAAGGGUGUGUCUUCUGUGACGUUGGAGCCCAAAGCCCAUAAAGUCACUGUAGUCGGCUACGUCGAUCCCAACAAGGUGGUGGCUCGAAUGUCUCACAGGACCGGCAAGAAAGUCGAGCUCUGGCCAUAUGUGCCCUACGACGUGGUCGCUCAUCCUUACGCUGCCGGUGUCUACGACAAGAAGGCACCCUCCGGUUAUGUCCGAAGAGUCGACGACCCCGGAGUGUCGCAGCUGGCUCGUGCUAGCUCCACCGAGGUCCGCUACACCACUGCAUUUAGCGACGAGAACCCGGCGGCUUGUGUGGUCAUGUGAUGUCAUAUGGACUACUACUGUUUCAAUUUGUUAUGGCUUAAUUUAAUGUCUUGUUUUGUACAUUAAUACCAUAACGGUAGGUUUCUUGUUUUGGUUUUAGUUCCUUGGUCUGUAUUCCUUACACUUUAUGAUUGCAAUAUGUGUUUUUCCCUUUCUUCCAAAGACUUUUAAUGUUAAUAAAUAUUUCUACCCAAAA